AAGACCCACUAGGAGGUGGGAGGGAGGAAAGGUGGGAGAGAAAGGCCAGGAAUGAAGAGGGGGAUCCCAGCCCAAAGUCUGGCUGCUGCAUUGCAAACCAGUUUCCCAUUCGUCUCCAAGGGCAGCUCCACACGGAGGCCACUGCAGCAAUCCCCUCGCACCCAGAGCCUGGCAUCCCAGGACCACAUCCUCUCUGUCCCAAAGGGAUUGUUGCCGGAAAACCAGCUGAGCCGGAAAUGGGCGCUGCUACUCACUGAGCCUCCAGGGACCUUGGCAUCAAUGACUGAUUUGCUAGUGCCUCUCAUCAGCACAGGCAGAACUUGGCAGAAGACCAAAGGGUUCCUUCCGAUAUCUUAGAGGCUUCCUGAGAGCACAGAUGGAUGAGCAAGACUCAUCUGGCCCUGAAGCAGGAAGAGGCCGUGACAUCCAAACUGGGACCAGUGGGGGAUUCUGGGAAAACUCUGUGCAGAAGAUCCUGGGUGAGGAGGACACCCUCCGCUCAGAGGUGCAGAGCCAGAAGUUGAGGCGGUUCUGCUGCCAGGAGGCCAAAGGACCCCGAGAGGUUUGCAGCCGACUCUACCACUUUUGCCACCAGUGGCUGAAGCCAGAAAGGCACACGAAAGCUGAGAUGCUGGACCUGGUGAUCUUGGAGCAGUUCCUGGCUGUCCUUCCCCCGGAGAUGGAGAUCUGGGUGAGGGAAUGCGGAGCGGAGACCAGUUCCCAGGCGGUGGCCCUGGCCGAAGGUUUCCUCCUGAGUCAGGCAGAGGAGAGAAAGCAGGAGAAGGAUCUCUUUGCAGAAAUGGACCUGGAUUCCUGUGAGACAGAGAUGCCUCCGUUGGACACCAGAGAGAGGCCACUGCGUAGGGAGGAAGGUGACACAGUGAUGCUGGCUAGACCUCUUCAUCCAUCUUUGAAUGGGGACAGAAGGGAAGCAGCGGCUGUGGAACCAGAUCAGGGUCCAGUGUGCUUUGAAGAUGUCGCUGUUUGUUUCAAGGAGGAGGAGUGGGCGUUGCUGGAUCCUGACCAAAGAGCUCUGCAUAAGGACGUCAUGGAGGAGAAUUGUGGGAUUGUGGCCUCUCUUGAUUGUGAUGCGUUGGAAAUCGAGAACAAGGGUGACCACAACAAAAUCCCCAGUGAGGAGAAGCCAUGUAAAAAUUUGGAGUGUGGAGAGAGCUGCAAUCAGAGCUCCCAUUCCACUUCCCAUCAACAAAAUAUAAUUGGAAAGAAACCCUAUCAGUGCUUGGAAUGUGGAAAGAGCUUCAGUCAGAGCUCCUCUCUCACUUCCCAUCAGAGAAUUCAUACAGGGGAGAAACCCUAUCAGUGCGUGGAAUGUGGAAAGAGCUUUAGUCACAGCCACAAUCUCACUUCCCAUCAAAGAAUUCAUACAGGUGAGAAACCUUAUCAGUGCAUGGAAUGUGGAAAGAGCUUCAGUCAGAGCUCCUCUCUCACUUUUCAUCAAAGAAUCCAUACAGGGGAGAAACCCUAUCAGUGCGUGGAAUGUGGAAAGAGCUUCCGUCACAGCCACAAUCUCACUUCCCAUCAAAGAAUUCAUACAGGUGAGAAACCUUAUCAGUGCAUGGAAUGUGGAAAGCGCUUCAGUCAGAGCUCCUCUCUCACUUUUCAUCAAAGAAUCCAUACAGGGGAAAAACCCUAUCAGUGUGUGGAAUGUGGGAAAAGCUUCCGUCGGAGCACCGAUCUCACGUUCCAUCAAAGACUUCAUACAGGGGAGAAACUCUAUGUGUGCUUAGAAUGUGGAAAGCAUUUCAGUACGAGCUCCCAUCUCACUUAUCAUCAAAAAAGUCAUACAGGGGAGAAGCCCUAUCAGUGUAUGGAAUGUAGAAAGAGCUUCAGUACAAGCUCUCUUCUCACUUCCCAUCAAAGUAUUCAUACAGGGGAGAAACCCUAUCAGUGCGGGGAAUGUGGAAAGGGCUUCAGUAAGAGCUGCAAUCUCACUUCCCAUCAAAGAAUUCAUACAGGGGAGAAACACUAUCAGUGCGGGGAAUGUGGGAAGAGUUUCACUCAGAGCCACAGUCUCACUUCUCAUCAACGAAUUCAUACAGCGGAGAAGCCCUAUCAGUGUGUGGAAUGUGGAAAGAGCUUCAGUCAGAGCGCCCAUCUCACUUCCCAUCAAAGAAUUCAUACAGGGGAGAAGCCCUAUCAGUGUGUGGAAUGUGGAAAGAGCUUCAGUACCAGCUCCAAUCUCACUUUCCAUAAAAUAAUUCAUACAAAGUUCAAAGAACCCUUAAUUUUAUAGUUUUAGGAGGCAGGCAAAUAUACACCUUUUUAACCAGGUCUUUGGCUGAUUGACCUCUGAUGCUCUUUUAUUUUGCUUUUAUGUUGUAACCAUCCUGAGAUGUGUGGGUGUAUGGAAUAGGAGCCAACUUUUAGAGGCUGAGGGGUCUUUGCCACCGCAAUAAAAUAUUUGAGGGGUCACCCCCAAGUUGAUAGGCAUUGCCAUUCAAAUUGCACACAUGCAUUCUAUGAGUGAUUGUGGAAGGCGGGCCUUACCUGGCCCCCCACCAAUAUUUUAUUCAAGUUGGCACCACUGGGUUGGGUGGUUUACAAACUAAAUAAAUACAGUACAUGAAUGGCUUUCCUUUGCACAUAUUCCAGCGUGUCAAUAUCCUUAUUUAUUAUCAUUUUCAAAAUGUAUGUGCCCUUCAUCUGAAUAUUUCACAACAUGUACACACAGGAUAUUGCAUGGCCUUUUCAAAAAACAAGUAAAGCCAGAGAAAUCUCUCCUUCCCUUUUUUGGAUGGAGUUACAAACUUUGUUGAUCAGGGGACUGCUGUGGAAAUAGUGCAUCUUGAUUUCAGGAAGGCUGUUGACAAAGUCCCUGCAAUAUUUAUGCGAGGAAGCUGGUAAAAUGUUGGCUGAACAAGGUAACUGUUAGGUGGAUUUGACAGACCGAACCCAAAGAGGACUCCUUCAUGGUUCCUCCUCAUCCUGGGAAAGUGGCAAGAGGGGUGCUGCAAGGUUCUGUCCUGGGCCCAUUCUUGUUCAACGUCUU